AUAUGAUUGAAAAAGAAUUGGAUGGUAUUGAUCCAAUUGAAUCAGGUAGUGGUGGAAAUACCAAGAAACAAAGACAAGAACAACAAUCAUCUACAAAUGAAGGUAGUGAACAAGAGGGUGGUGAACAACAACAACAACAACGAGAAGAAGAAGAGGAAGAAGAAGAUGAUGAAUUAAGUAUAGAAAGUCAAGAUUUUUAUAAUAAUUUUUUAAAAUUGGAUGAAAUGGAAGGUAUCUCAUCAAAUAAGAGAUUGAUUAUUCAACAACAUAUUCAACAUCUUUAUAAACAACAACAAGAGAUAUUAAAUGGUAGACAUUUAUAUCAUGAAUAUAAUUAUCAUCUCAAGAGAAAUAGUGAAGGCUAUUACUUUGAGAAUGAUGAAGAAGGAAUUUAUAGUGGUGCCUACAAUGAUGAUGAUAGUUCAUAUGAUAUGGAGGAUGAAUAUGAUGAAGAUCAAGGUGAAGACGAGGAAGAUGAAGAGGAAUAUGAUGAAGAAGAUGAGGAUCAAGAUGACCAAGACGAAGAAGAAGAAGAAGAAUAUGAAGAGGGUGAAGAUGAUGAUGAUGACGAGGAUGACGAGGACGAAGAGGAUGAUGGUGAAGAGGAUGGUGAAGAAGAGGAUUCAUGUACACAUAUGAGAUUCUCAAUGAGAAAUGGUGGUCAUCACCACCACCACCACCAUCAUCACCAUCAUCAUCUAGAUGAAUGCGAUUCCGAUGAAGAUGAUGAGGAUGACGAAGAUUCAAAUCAAGAUUCAGAGGAUUCAGAGGAUUCAUCAGAUGAUUCCGAAGAAAAUGAGAAACAAAUGGAAGAGGGAAGAAAAAUGUUUCAAGUGUUUGCCUCUAAAAUGUUUGAACAAAGAGUUUUAGCCGCCUACAAGGAAAGAUUGGUAUUGGAGAGACAAAGACAUCUCUUGGAAGAGGAGGAAAUGAAUGAAAAGAGGGAAAAACAAUUGAGAGAACAAAAACUAAAGAAUAAAAAAGAGAAAAAAGAGAAAUUAAAACAACAAAAGCAAAAAGAAAAGGAGGAAAAAGAAAGAAAACAAAAACAAUUGGAGGAUGAAGCAGAGAAAAAGAGAUUAGAGGAUCAAAAGAUUGCAGAGGAGAAGAGAAAAGAAAAACAAAAGAGAAAGGAGGAAUUAAAUCAAAAGAGAUUAGAGGAUGAACAACGUUUGAAACAAGAAAGAUUAGAAGCUCAAAAAGAAAAGGACAAAGCUAAAUUAGAGGAACAAAAAAGAUUAGAACAAAUUAAUAGAGAAAAUGAAUUAAAGAGACAACAAAAACGUAUGGAAAGAAAUAAACUUGAAAAAGCUUCAAAUAAAUAUGGUUCUGUGUCUUCAAAAAAAUCUGGUUUACAUGUUUUACCAGAUGUUGUUGAACCACCUAUAACUGUUACACCAGUAACAACAACAACAACUCAACCUCCAACUACAGCUACAACAACAACAACACCCACAGUAGCAGCAGCAACAAAUACAAUAACAAUAGCCAAUUCAACACCAACACCAGUUUCUACACCAUCACAUUCUAAAACUAACACUACUCCAGCCAAAGCUAUUCCAACAACAACAACAACGACAACAAAUCAAUCAAUCAUUAAUAAUAAUAUUAAUAAUAAUAUUUAUAAUAAUAAUAAUAUGAUCAAUAUCAAUACAACUACUUCUACUGCACAAAAAACUCCAAUUAAAGUGUCAACAUUAAGUCCAAAAUCACCAAAUUUUAUUCCAUCCUCUCAAAGAAAUACUUCAACAAGUGCUUUAGCUCAUGGCUCUGUAGCUUCAUCACCUCCCUCUAAUAUUAAAUUCCCAAAUAAUAAUAAUAAUAAUAAUAAUAAUAAUAAUAAUAAUAAUAAUAAUAAUAAUAAUAAUAAUAAUAAUAAUAAUAAUAAUAAUAAUAAUAUAAAUAAUAAUAUUGGAUUUUCAGCUAGACUUUCACCAAAUAUACCACAUUCACCAACAAACAAUAUAAUAGAUUUACCAAAUGUCAAUAACUUAUACAAUGCCUAUGGCUCAACAAUGGCAGACCAUUUAUAUGGUAAUGAUUCAACUAAAGAUAUGAUUAACAGUAUCAAUCAAAAGAUGACCCCAACAAAUCAAAUUUUCAAUCAACCUUCAUUGUUUUUAAUAAGAGGUGGUUUAUUGGAUAGUAAUGAUGAUAUCGAUUCAUUCUUUCAAAAUGGUUCAUCAAAUUUCAGAAAGAUGUUAGAUUUGGAAAGUGGUAAUAAAUCAACUAAUGAAACAAAUAAUAAUAGUAAUAAUAAUAAUAGUAGUAAUAAUAAUAAUGGUGUAGGUUCAUUGUUUGAUGAAUCAAAUAUUGAUAUUAUUAAAUCAAGUUUUGAACAAAAACAAUCUAGAGGUGAUUCACCCCCACAAACCAUUAGUACUACAACUACAACUAUUACCACAACUACAACCACCACAAGUACCUCGCCAAAAUCUCCAAAAUCACCAAUAUCCACUGGUUCAAAUACCCUUUCACCAAUUGGUAAUAAUAAUAGCAUCUCACAUAAUAACUUCAAUAAUAACAAUAACCAAAUCCAUCAAUUAUUACCACCUGUUUAUGGUUCUACUGGUUUCCCAAUCCAACCUCCAUCAAAUCAACUUUGGGAGCAACAAUUAUUACUUCAACAAUUACUUCAACAACAACAACAACAACAACAACAACAGCAACAACAACAACAACAACAGCAACAACAACAACAACAACAACAACAACAACAACAACAACAACAACAACAACAACAACAACAACAACAACAACAACAACAACAACAACAACAACAACAACAACAACAACAACAACAACAACAGCAACAACAACAACCAACAAAUUUUUAUCAUCAAUACUUUGAUAAUUCUGUUAAUUUUUUCCCAAAUUUAUCAUCAACUCAACAACCAAUUCAAUAUCCUCAUCCAAUUGUAAAUAACAACAACAAUAGUAAUAAUCAUAUCAAUACACCAACUGAAAACAGUAUGUUUUUCAUAAAUGACGGUUUCUUGUCACCAUCAUCCAUUUUACCAUCACUAGAUGAUAACAAUAUUAAUAAUAAUAUUAAUAACAUAAAUGGUUUUUCUACAUUUUUUUAA